AUGCCGCGGCGUGGCGAUACCAGGCGCGGCGACCGGCGGCGGAAUCCCCAGGUCCAGCUGGCUGUACCCCCCAAGCCGAUCUCCGUCGCGUCGCUCCGGCGGCUUGUCGACCAAGGCGUCGAGGACUUUGCGUCGGAUACAGAUACCAUCAAGCUGCUCGCGGGCCUCGGGAUCGUCCCUUCUGCCUUGCACGCAGUACUCGCGUCGCAGUCCAAAGAGGUCAUGCGGCGAGCCGACGUCGACCUCGGCACGCUUCCUCACGAGCCCUUCGCCCAAAUCCACGCAGCCGUGCGGUGCUGGGCGGCGCAGCACGGCCGCACGGCCACCGCGUCGCGCCUCUUUGCACCGUGGGCCGCGAUUGCAGCCGAGUUUGACGCGGCAGGGCACGAGGCCGUGCGCCGCGCAUGUACGCACGCCUUCCUCCAGUGGCUCACGCACCGCCUGCGGUAUGUGCUCGAGAAGAAUACGGGGCUGCGUGCAGACGCUGCGAUUGCGAUCCGGGCGUCGCUGCGCCAGCUUGCGCUCCUGCACGAGGUAACGGAUUUGCGUGUGCCGGAAAACGCCUAUGCACCGGCACGCACGCUCACGCGCCAGAUCCAUAUGCAUGUGGGCCCUACCAACUCUGGCAAGACGCACGGCGCACUCGUCGCACUGUCGCGUGCGCGUACAGGCCUGUACUGUGGUCCGCUGCGUCUCCUUGCGCACGAGGUGUGGGAGCGCCUGAACGAAGGCACCAUCUCGCCGCAGAUCCCCCCGCGCGCCUGCAACCUACGUACCGGCGAAGAGCAGCGCAUCGUCGACCCCCUUGCCGGGCUGGUCUCGUGCACGGUCGAGAUGGCGGAUCCCAACAGCCCCUACGACGUUGCGGUCAUUGACGAGAUCCAAAUGAUCGGCGAUAUGCAGCGGGGGCCGGCAUGGACGCAGGCCGUGCUUGGCCUCGCUGCCAAGGAGCUGCACCUGUGCGGCGAGGUAAGCGCCGUCCCGCUCGUGCGCCGCCUUGCCGCGCUGUGUGGCGAUGUGCUGCAUGUGCACGAAUACCAGCGCCUCACGCCGCUGGCGGUGGCGCCCGAGAGUCUGCGGAACGACCUGAGCAAGAUCCAGAAAGGCGACUGUGUCGUCGCCUUUAGCCGCAGCGCCAUCUUUCAGCUAAAGAAGCAGAUCGAGACACACACGCAGCUGCAGUGUGCGGUGGCGUACGGCAGCCUACCCCCCGAGACCAAGAGCGAGCAGGCGAAGCUGUUCAAUGCAGGCAAGCUCGAUGUGAUGGUCGCGAGCGACGCCAUCGGCAUGGGUCUCAACCUCAAGAUCAAGCGCGUGAUCUUUGACACGCUGACCAAGUGGAACGGCAGCGAGAAUGUCGCCCUGUCCGUCUCGCAAAUCAAGCAGAUUGCGGGCCGCGCGGGGCGGUACGGCACGGCAGAGCACGGAAGCAACCCCGGCGGCCAGGCCCUCACGCGGCACGAGCAGGACAUGCCGCUGCUUCACGCGGCGCUUGCCGCGCCGACGCAGCCGCUGCCUCGCGCCGCGCUGCAGCCUGCGAGCGGCUUGCUCGAGUCGCUCGCGCUGCUCCUGCCCUUUGCCGAGGAAAAGGCGAGUGCAAGCUCGGCGCCCGCAUCGCACGGUAAGGCGCGCUCGCUGGCCGCGCUAUACCAGGACAUGUCGCUAUUGGCGCACGUCGAGCCGCGCUCGUUUGUCCUCGCCAACUUUGCAUCGCAGCAGGCCAUUGCGCCGAUCCUCGAGGCACGCAGCCGCAACAGUCUCACGCACGUCGAGAAGGAAAAGUGGGCGCACUCCCCGGUGAAUCUGCGCGACGAGCGCGCUGUGGCGUGGCUCGGCAAUGCGGUCGAGCUGUACGCGCGCGGCGAGCUGAUUCCCUUUGAAAAGUGCGCCGAGCACCUCGGCACGCUCGAGGCCGAAGCCGCGGUGCUCGACGUGAUGCAGCGUGCCAAGGCGCGGCGGAGCGAGUCGGGCGACGCGCACGCCCCCCUCGAGCUCUUUACGUCGCCGGCCGACGCCGAGAUCCACACGAUCGACACGCUGAUGCUCCUCGAGUCGCACCAUCGCUCGCUCUCGCUCUACCUCUGGCUGUCGUACCGCUUCCCUUUGGCGUUUUGCUUCCAGGACGCGGUCGAGCAGCGCAAGGCGCGCACCGAGGACGCGAUCGAGUUCUGCCUGAGUGCUAUUCGCAUCCAGCGUGCGCGCCGCCUCACCAAGCUCGGCCGCGAGCACGAACAUCGCCACGUUGUGUAUGGUACAUAG